AUGUGCCGAUCCGCCCCGCUGGUUGUCGCCUCCCUGGCAUUUGUGGUUGCACUCUGCAACCAACUGGGGAGCGCGGAAGCUUCAUCGACUGCUUCUAAUGUGGCUGCGCCCCUUCACAAUGAAACACAGGCUGGAGAGCUGGGAGAGAAACCUGCUUCAAGUGACCAGGGGUUAUCUGCUAGACGGCUUGCAGACAGGUUGGCAGAUGAAAGGGAAACCGCCCCUAAAUUCGGUCUCUACGGUGGAGUUCCCGUUUCCUAUGAUCCCUUGGGGAGACCUAAGAAGCUCCUCAUCACUCUGGAAAAUGGGAAUUUUUUCCUAGAACACCCUUCCACAGGACAGAAGAUGUAUCUUAUUGUGCAACAUAUGGAGGACGUCGGUCUAAUGUUUCACGACGCCAGUACAGGAAAUGACCUUGAAUGGAUGCUGCACCACCCUCACGAACUAAAGCCAGAACAGAUACCAAAGGAGCAAACGGAAGGCGAUGGAAAGGUCAGAAGGCGCAGAGAUGCAUCGUCGGGAAGGAAGGGGAGGAGAGGGGAAGUCACCGUAAAACAACCGACGAGACCAGAUACGGGGGCCGUUGUGUUCCAACCCGAAGUACAACAGUGGACUCAUGAGAAGAACCCAGAACAUCCUUACGUGGUGUUCAUAAGCGGAAUCCCAGUUAAGAUUAGCCGACGCACAGGAGAGCCCCAAAGAGUUCUUUUCGACGUUCAGCGUGGGUCUAUUGUUUUUAUCCAUCCUGAAUUUAACUUGCCAAUGAAACUCGACCUCAUUAAUUCCGACCUAGUGAGCAGAGAUGGCUCGUCGCCACGGGAGCUUGUUAAGCAGAUUAAGGAAAUGGGGCGAUACCAAUGA